AUUUAUGGGUAAAACACAGAAACAAACAUGUCGGCGUCCACGGAGUUUGACUUUAGGAUAGCUCGAAAUGACUUCGGGGAAGUCUUGCAAAGCCUGCUCACCAAGAAUGUACUCAGUCAGUGUAUACCACAUGUCCAGAGUUACCAUGGCAAUGACAGUGAGAAAAAACUGGCUUUAGAUCAAGCGCUCCGUGAUAUUGUUCGCAUUGUUAUAACCGAAGAGAUGGGCUGUUCUGUAUACAGAGAAGUGAUCACAACAGCCAUUGAAGCUGCUAAUCAAGAUGUGUGUUCAGCUUCCACACCAUUUGUACUUCUAUCAGAUGUCUUUGACAUGAUUACUUUGGAACAAUGUGAGGAUAUCUUCAAUCUGGUCGAAGAAAAAGUCAGCACUUGGAAGUCUGACACCUUUUACGAUGCUGGUAAGAACUAUCUGCUGAGAAUGUGCAAUGAUUUGCUUAGAAGACUUUCCAAAUCUCAGAAUACUGUGUUCUGUGGUCGGAUACAGCUGUUCCUGUCUCGGUUAUUUCCACUCUCUGAGAAAUCAGCUUUGAACUUAAUGAGUCAGUUUAAUUUGGACAAUAUCACUGUUUACAACACAAACCCGGAGGAAUCUCGCUUAAAGAAUGAGGUGAAUGAAGAUAGAAUGGAAUUCGAUGCAGAAAUGGAAGAAAAUAACAGCAAUGUACCUAUUGAUUUCAAUCUGUACCGCAAGUUUUGGGCUUUACAAGAUUUCUUCCGGAAGCCUCUUCUUUGUUAUGAGAAAGUGGCAUGGCUGACCUUUACAUCAAAUGCUAAUGAAGUGCUCACAGCGUUUUCUAGUUACAAGCUUGACGAUAUGAAAUCCCCUCGCAAGAAACUCAACCGCUCAUAUCUUAAGGAAACUCAGACUUAUUUUGCCAAAUACUUGACCAGUGAAAAGUUACUCGAUCUACAGCUCUCAGACAGUAAUUUCCGGAGAUAUGUGCUGGUACAGUUCCUGAUUCUCGUCCAAUACCUGAAUGCUCCUGUCAAGUUUAAAAAUGCCAACUGUGCCCUGUCUGAAGAACAAAAUGUUUGGAUUAAAACAACAGAAGACUGGGUUUACCAACUACUUAAAGAAACACCUCCUGAUGGAGAGGCAUUUGCCAAAUCUAUACAGCAUAUAUUAAGACGUGAAGAGAACUGGAAUGCCUGGAAAAAUGAAGGUUGUCCUCUAUUUGAACGUCAUGGUGGUGCUGGUGAUAUAAGGUCUAAAAAUAAAAUAAAGAGGAAGAGUGUUGGAAGUGACUUAAUAGCAAGUGGAGGGAAGUUGAUCAAAAUGGGGAGUCCAGAGCUGACCCGAUUAUGGAAUCUAUGUCCAGACAACACAGAAGCCUGCAAAUCGGAGAAAAGAGUGUUCUUGCCAACUUUGGAAGAUUUCUUUGCUGAUGCCAUCGAACAGUCUGACCCUGAAGCCAUGGUUGAAGACGAAUACAAGUUGGUCAAGGAUCAAGUGUUUCAGUGGAAAGCCCUCAGGUUACUGGCUCGUCGCAGUCCUCAUUUCUUUACUCAUGCUCCCCAGCCAGCAGUUGAAUUACCUGUUUAUCUUGAAAGUAUGGUCACCAGACUAGCCAAAGAGAUGCCACCACCACAUGAAGAAAUGAAGACUGAAAUUGGAGAAGAAGAAGACAUAAAGGCUCCCUCUCCGGAUGAAGGGGAAGAAAUCAAGAAUGAUGGCACCGAUAUUCCUUCUUCCACUUGGAAAUUCAACAAUGAUUUUUUACAAGGUGGCAGUACUGAUGAUCUCCCUAUCAACAAACAUCAAAUCCAUGAAGUGGCUGAAGGUUUGGGUCAUGACUGGAAAAAAUUAGCUGUUGAGCUGAAUUUCUCUGAUGAUGUGAUUGCACAGUUUGAUAGUGAAAGCCACGAUGAUACUCAGAAAGCAUUGAAAAUGUUGACAUUAUGGUUUGAAAACGAGGCUGAACAUGCCACUCCUGGGUGUCUCCGUACAGCUUUGAAUGAAAUUGGAUUGCUUGAAGUGGCCGACCAAGUAUUUCCUGAUAUUGAAGCAAGUAACUGAUGAAACACAUCCAUGUCCUCUGUCAAGGUUUCAACAGUUUCAUUUCAAGGGACUGGGACAAUAUUACCAUGUUUUAUAUUGUCCCAUUUUAUUCAACAGUUAGAUGAAAUGGGACACUACUUUUUCUACCAUCACUACUACUACUACCAUGUUUUAUAUUGUCCCAUUUUAUUCAACACUUGAAUGAAACGAAAUGAUGCUAUUAUGUUUCAUACUUGCCCACCAGAUUGAAAUGGGACACUAUUACUACUGUAUUUUAUAUUGUCCCAUUUUAUUGGACAGUUGAUAAAAAUGGGGCAUUACUGUUAUGUGAAAAAGUAUUCCAUUUUAUUUGGUAUUGGGGUGAAAUGGGACAUUGUUACUACUAUGUCUUAUGUAGUCCCACUUUAUUGAAUACUGGAUUAAAAUGGGACAUUACUGUUAUGUGAAAAAGCAUCUCAUUUUAUUCAACAGUUUCAAUCCACUGAGCAAGAGUGAAUAUUUGCAGUGUUAGCUGUAUAUCUAGUAGGAUUCCAUUUAAUCCAGCAUCAUUUUGUUCAGCUCAACCUGAUCUUAUUAAAUGAAAUUUAAAAGACAGAUUUGUAGCUUAACAGAUCCGGAAUAAUAUUAUCUAUAAAAAAGAAACUGAAAAAAAAUACAAAACAAAACCUGUUGGACUUUUUAUACAUUUUUCCAGGUUAUCUAUCUCAUAAGUUUGAUCAAACAAAAAGAAAAAAAUAAACAUUCCCUUGUCUAA